CGUGCGGGGGCGCGCGCGUGCGCAGGCCAGGCGCCCAGGGCCAAGGCAGAGCCGGGGAGCUGCCGCCAGGUCCGCUGUGGGUCCACGCCGCCCGCCGCGCCGCCCGCCAGCCCAGCGUCCCCAGCCGCCGCCGCCGCCAUGGGAGUGCAGGUGGAGACCAUCUCCCCCGGAGACGGGCGCACCUUCCCGAAGCGCGGCCAGACCUGCGUGGUGCACUACACGGGGAUGCUUGAAGAUGGAAAGAAAUUUGAUUCCUCCCGGGACAGGAACAAGCCCUUUAAGUUUAUGCUAGGCAAGCAGGAGGUGAUCCGAGGCUGGGAAGAAGGGGUUGCCCAGAUGAGUGUGGGUCAGAGAGCCAAACUGACCAUCUCCCCAGACUACGCCUACGGUGCCACCGGCCACCCAGGCAUCAUCCCACCGAAUGCCACCCUCGUCUUUGACGUGGAGCUUCUGAAACUGGAAUGACAGGGACAGCCCCCCUCGAGCCCCCUGUGCCCCAUUCUUGGAUGUGCCGUGGAGGGAUGUGGCGCCUCCAGAUGCGCACACGCGAAUCCGUAUGGAGCUUUUCCUGAUGUUCCACUACACUCUUUGUAUAAACAUCGACCCCGACUGAAUGUGUUGUCACCCGGCUUCGCUCUUUCCCUUUCUCCUCGUAUGUGUGUUGACCUAAACUAUCUGCCGUAAACCUCAA